CAACAGAGUCAUUUUCGCGACUGCACGUUGUGUGAACGUUUGUUUUUGCUGGAUGAACACGGAAAGUUUAGUAGAGAACGAGGUUACGGACAACGGAAGAGUCCACCAGAGUGUUCAGAUCCGUGUCAGUGGCCAUCAGUCAUCUCAGACAGCUUGUGAGUGUGAAGUGUCUAGAGAUGCUGGAUGUCUCUCUUUGCUGCCUACUUCAUUCUCUCUUUACAAUCCAAUCAAAUUGUAUGCUGUUUCUACGGCAGAUGAGAAUAGCACUCAGCCAGACAUCGACUUACAAAGAGACGAAACAAGAGAAUUGAGCAGCUUACAGAUGCAGCAAGAGGAUGCUAGUACGUGUACAAGUGUGAUAUCAGCAUCUCCACUUGAGAGUAGAAGUCAAGCUAUUGAAACUAAGUCAGAUGAAACUGCACUCUCAUUUGAAACAUCUGUCGGUGAAGGUAGAGUAAUUUCAUGUACAUUUGUGUUGUCAAUCUGUGUACAAUGCUUAUUGUUAGUGUUACUGUUGGUAAUUCUGAGGUUCAGAAUGUGCAUUGCUGUUGCAGAGAACAAAGGCAAUGGUGGCGAUGUAGAAAUAGCUGAACAAGAUACAGUGGUUGUUAAGACAAAUAAGUCAAUCAACCUCUUAGGCAGUCAGCAAAGUGAGGAGCAUCAAGACAACAAUAAAACAGAUGAGACGACUGACACGAAGACAGUGUUUGAAAAUGGGUCGAAUGCAUGUCAUGAAUCAGAAGAGGCUCAGAAGUGUAUCAUUUCAAAUGAGAGCAAGUUAAAUUAUCAAUGCACUCGUGACAUUGGUUGUUCUACUGAGGUUGCAAAUCUGAAACACGGCGAUGAUAAGGUGACUGAGAUUGAGAAUAUAGACUGGGAUCUUCCAGAUGUCAAAUGUUUGGAAUUAUGUGGAGAUGAAACUGAAACUGAAAGAGUCAUGAAUACAGCUACACCAGAUGGAGAAGAAGUAGUGAAUCAGGAAUGUGAAGGAGGCAAAGAAGAUAAAGGGUGUGAAAAGCAAAAGGAUGACAAUCAGAGAGCUAAGUCAUACACUGAUAAAUACCAAAGUGACUUUAGGCAGGGAGACCAAACUAAAGCCGAUAAAGAUCAGAGUGAUGGAAGGCAGGCAGAAAAACAAGAAGAAAAUGAAGAGGAGAGGCAAGGAGAAAGACACAAGAGACAAAACCAUAAAGCUGAGACAGAAGACGAGACAGGAAAUAAGAACAGAGAAGAACAGAAAAUAUUUGUAGACAUGACGAGUGGAUAUGAAUAUGACAUGCAAAGGGAUGACAAGCAAGAAGAAGAGGACGGGAAUGAUGAAGCCAUUGGUUUUGUUGAGGUGCAGGAAAGCAACACGUUCAACAAAUUUCAUGAAGAGUCUCACAAAUGCCAACAAUUUGGCAACAACAUGGAUAUUGAUUCAGGAAUCUCUGAGAUCACAGACGAGGCAUUCUGUCAUUUUGUUGUCACCAUUGAAGACCGGAGUCAUCAUGAUCAAAUGGACAGUAAGGAAUCUAUGAAUGAACAACCACACAAGGGUACGACAGAGACACUUGUUAACAGUGAUAUUGAGCUACAUCUUCGUGAUGAGCUAACCAGUCAUUCAGUUCAUGAAAGUGUUGGUACAUGUGCAGGUUUCAUACCAAUAGAGAAUAAGCACAGUGGUGGUGUGGUUUCCACUUGUCCUUCUGCUCCUCAGUGUGGCAGCCAGGAGCAGCAAUCUGGGUCAGUGGUGACUGAUGAUACCUCCCUUACUGUGAGCUGUCCUGAGGUGGCUUUAGAUAACAGCAGCAAAGAGGACAUGACAGAGCAAGCCUUGGAGAGUAGCGAUAACGUAGGGAGGGAAGAAGAUUGUGAUACUUACACUGUUACUUGUGCAGAUGCAGAUGCAUGUAGGAAAGAGAACCUAACAGAAUGUGUAGUUCCCGAUGCCGGACAAACAUCACAAAAUGGAGCUGGAAGUGUUGCAUCUGAUAACGAGUUUGUGGAAGAAGUUGUUUACAAUGAGCCUUCAAAUUCCCACCCAACUAUUGCUAGUAAUGAUAAGCUUUUAUUGAGUAGUCUUAGUGGGAAGGUCUCGUCUCCAUACGAAAGGAAUGUUAUGUUGAAUACACUGCAUGAUGAUGUUUAUACAUGUGAAAAUAAUGUCCGAUGUGACGUACUUCUAGUAUCAGCUAAUGCUGAUGACGAUAUGUCACUGGAGCAAAUCUCACCUGUUGGCAUCAGUGAAAACAUAGCUGAAGAGAUGUCCAUGUGUUUAAGCCCAGCAUCACAGGAAUCACCAUUUGGCAGUGAAAUGAUGUUACUGCCAUGUCUUGGGAGUUCUCCAUUUGAUGGAAAUAACCUGGUGAACAAAGUGUCUGCUGAUGAGUUGAACAUUGUAGGUGACGGUGGAAAUCCCACAUCGUUGUGCUACAAAAGCCAGAUGUCUCCUUUAAAUUGUGAUAGCUACAACGUAUGCAGUAGUGAUAUGGAAGUAGAAAAGGAAACAUGUGAAAUCAGCAAGGUGAAGCAAGAAAAUGAAAUUGGUGCAAACUGCAAUUUUGUAACAGACGAUGGCAUGAACAAAAGCAAUGAAAAUUCAUCAAAGCAUAUGAUUUGUCCUCAGUCAGUUGCUAUACAAAGUGAUUCAAGUUGCUCUGACAACCGGCUACGAUACAGUGACUCUGAGCAUAAUCUGAAUGCUAUGACCUGUCACAUAGCAAGUGAUCAAACACCAAAUGAUGAGCAGAGUGAAUCAAGAGAGGUGAAUGAAGAUGAAGAGCCGGUUAAACAUCAAGCAGUAUAUUUACGAAAUGAAAGCAGCCAGUCCGAAUUCAAGGAGCAUCUGACUGCUAUCACGAUUGAUCAAAACUUGCAAGUAAGCACCUUGCAAAGUAAAGCUGAUGCUCUUGAAGACCAUCAAAGUGACACCGAGUUGGAGUUGCAUUCUCAGGUUGCUUAUGAUGGUGUCUACAGUGAGGCUGAACAUGAAGCAAAUGAUGUUGGCUCUGUAUCCGAUCUGAAUAUCAGUGAUUCACAGUAUUGUGAUCAUCAGCACACAGUCGACCAUGAAGAACACUUGCAUGACAAAGACCAACUUGUUCCAGGCAAUCAGACAGUUAUGGAGGAAAUCACAAGUAUGACAGCCACGUAUGAGACUGAUAAAGAAGAUAUAAUGAACGAGUUGAAAACAUGUGUGGUGAAUGAGGAUGAGAGUGAUGGUCUUGAUGAGAGACUCCCUGGUAACUCAUGGAGUGAAAUUGAUGGAGCAUUUGAACAAUCCGCGGCUAAGAGAAUGAAACUAGAAACUGAGAAAUGCAACAUGGCCACUUUACUGAAACUAGAAAUCAGUCAGGAUGCAUGUAAUCAGCAAGUCACUGAUCAACACCAACAAUAUUCAAAUCAGUCUGUUUACAAACCUUGUUUUCCUCAAGUUACUGAAAACACAGAGAAGUCAGCGUGCCAGACGAUCAACCGAAUACGAUUACGACUUGGGCUAUCAAAGCGACAAAGGUGCAGACGACUACACAGACCAAAUGAAGACAGCAUGUACUAGAGCUGGAUUGGCAAUCUCUGUAGUUUACCAUACAUAGAUACGUUACAUGAUUAUGCCCUACCCCUAUGGUUUACAGUGGAAAUUGUUUGUCUAUAUAUGCAUUGUAUUGCGUUUUGACGGAGCAACCCAUCUUGUGUUUGUACUCAUACAUACUUGGAGUGUCUUUGACAUAGUGCUUUUGUGUAGUGCUUUAUUGCCAGGUCAAUAGCACUAGAUAUGGCCCUCGUCAAGGAUUUAUUGAGGUACAAUGCUAUUGGAUAUUAUGAACAAUGUAUUGCAAUUUGGUGCAUUGGAUGGAG